AAGAAGCUUCGACACCUACAGAAACGAAACAGACCCAACUUUCGCCCAUAAGGAACAACCGAAACAGCAGGUUCCUCGUUUGAAAUUCAUAUACAGCCAACAAGAUGUCGUUUUUCGGAAUUGGAAAGGGUAAUCAGUCUGUGAACCCUCAGAACAUUGCUAUGGCUGAACAAGAAGUUGAAUUAAGUGUGGAGAUUUUCAACAGAAUGGUCUCCUCUUGCCAUAAAAAGUGCAUUGCUACUCCUUACAAGGAAGCCGAGUUGACCAAAGGUGAAAGUGUUUGUAUUGAUCGUUGUGUCGCCAAAUACUUUGAAAGUAGCAAGGUUCUAGGCGAGCAUAUGAAGAAAAUUGGUGAACAAAAUGCCCCCCCUCAGUAAAUCCUUUAUGAUACAGAUUUUUCCUAGCUUCCCAUGAAACGAUAUCUUAUCAUGGAAUGGAAAGGACAGCGUUUGUGCAAUUUGUUUGGUUGUGGAUGUUGUUCUUUCUCAAAAACAUUCAUAAUA